GCUCCUCAAUCCUCAUUUCCCACCUCUCUCUCUCUUUCACAUCCUAAUAAGCAAGUGGUUUUACAGCACACAAGCAAGAAACCUGGUGGGCAGCCAUGCCUGGAUCUUACUUUUGCGGGUUGUGCAAAAGGAAGGGAGACGCUAAUCGCCAACCCGGAGCAGAGGAAAGACCAAUUCCAAUACAAGCAGCUGAUGACAGUGCAGUGGAAGGUGUUCCAAAGUACACUUUUAAAGAACUAGCAAAAGCAACUGGAGAUUUCUCCAACAAAAACCGCCUCGGCGAGGGUGCUUAUGGUCAAGUUUAUAAGGGAAAACUUCCAAAUGAUAACAAAGUCGUUGCAAUUAAGAGGCUUAAACAUUUUUCUGAUCCGGAGAAAGAGAAAACAGCGCAAAAUCAAUUUGAGGAGGAGGCUAAAACCAUUAGCCGCACCCAUCACCAAAAUAUUGUGAAGGUGUUUGGAUACUGCAGUGAAAAAGAAGAUAGAUUGCUUGUUUAUGAGUUUGUUUCCAACAAGUCAUUGAAAUUUCAUUUGCUUAAAAGCCAGACAAUCGAUUGGCCAAGCCGAAUGAAAAUUGCUUUGGGUACAGCAGAAGGAUUGGCAUAUUUACAUAAAGGACAUGAAGGACGUCAUCCUAGAAUCAUCCAUCGAGAUAUUAAAAGUGAUAAUAUUCUUCUCAAUGAUAAAUUUGAGCCAAAGAUUGGAGAUUUUGGAUUUUCCAAAGAUUUUGCAGAUUCUGCUACUCACGUUUCCACUGAUCCAAAGGGAACUCCUGCUUAUGCCCCUCCUGAAUAUUAUAUUAAAGAUGGCCAAGAAAGGAAGCUCACUGAUAAGUCUGAUGUCUUUUCCUUCGGUAUUGUGCUUCUGGAGUUAAUUACGGGGAAAUUAGCUGCUUUUGAAAAGAAACGCAAUGAACGUGUUCGCUUAGCUAUUUGGGUAUGCAAUUUUUUCCCCUUAUUCAAAUUAUUCUUAAUUUCGUUUAGGAGUAAGUUUUUGGAGGUAGAGUAAGUUUUUUCAAUGUAAUUAAGACAUAUGGACUUAUUUGGGAGAGAGGUUUAAUGGGGAAGGUAAGGUUUUUGAGGGUUUUUGAAGGUUUUAAAACCUCCAAAACCUUUAGUUUCUCCACCCACCAAAUUAGGGUAUUGUGAAUGUUUUUAUAAAUUAAAUAUUAAUUAUUAACUAUCUUUA